AUGAGAGAAAUGGCAUCUGUGCUCAAGCCCAACGAGAACCAUACCCAGAAGAUUCUCAAGGCGCAUGUUUCCGUGUUGGUAUCGGCUUUGGGUGGACCCGACUAUACCUCCAGUAACGUUCCACAGCCUUAUAAGCUCGGACAUGACGCGUUGGCCUGUCUCAAAGACAUCAAAAGAUGGAUCAAAUCAGUUGACGAACGUGGUCAGUCCUACGAUGUGGCACUCGCGUGCGCUGAUUCGGGGCUUCUUGUAAAUGACUUGACGGUGAUGUUGUGUCAGUGGGAUUCCCAAGCCUCUAAAGGUGAACCCAUCAAAAACGCUCGAACCAUGGAGAAAAUCAUGCUUGCAAAUUUGGAACUACUUGUGCUUUUGACGUGGCCCACCGAGUUGACGCCAGAGUCCAGUGAGAGCCAGCGGUUGUCGUUCUCCAAUCUUCGAAAGACUCAACUUGUGUACAAAAGGCACAUCUUACAUUACAACAAGGGUCAGACCCUAAAAGCGGUUAUCAGGUUGGUAUUGGCGACAAUGGCUAAAGAGAAGGCCGAUAGAGAACCCAAGGACAAUGCUAUUUUGCGGUUGGUUCUAUUUUUCAUCAGAAACAUCUUGUAUAUCGCUCCCAUCACGUCAUCUAUUUCCAUGAAAACCACUAAAGACCUUGCGAGUCUUGAUAGUAUGCCGGCAGGCGUGACGACAGAGGAUAUCUCAAUGAGUACUGUUCUCAACUGCUUCAAGAGAAAUAAGGUGUUGAUGUUUUUGCUUACCAUGUCCAAUUCAGUGGGUUCUGAUUUUGACAAACAAAUGUUCGGGCCUGCUUGCCUUGAAUGUAUUUAUUUGCUAGUCAAAAACAUCCAGGUCGAACACAUAAUAAGUCCAGUGAAACUUGAUAAGCAUCCGCAAACGAAUCCUGCUCCUGUUUCAAGUGAAAGCGCUGCUGGAUCUCAGUUGACUGAUUUAUUAAAAGAAGAAACGAAACGAAAGAUCUCUCAAAAACAGCACUUGUCUACGAGACAUGGUAGAUUUGGAUCUUUGUUGUCCAUUCAAGGAGAUGAACAAUCGUAUGUCAUUUCUGGUCAAGAAGCGUUGUUGAAUGCUAAUCUGUCUUUGGAUAAGCUCGACAGAUCCAAAAAAUGGACCAAACCAAAAUCUUUCAGGUAUGACUCCGACGAAUUUACCAGAGGUGAAAGACUCUACUUGAACACCGGGUCUAUUCUCAUAUUGAAGGAGUUUAUCAAUCAAUUUUUGGCUGGGGCCUGUUUCAAUAAUCUUAUUUCCAAUACCAGUAGCUUGUUUUCAAGUGCUGAUGAUCUCAUUACUAUAGAUCCUUAUGAGAGGGCAGUCUACUUCUUAACACUUGCAUGGUUUUUGCGGUACAAGCGUGAGAGGAAUCAGUUGUUGAAAGACAAUCCCAAAAUGUUGGAAAACUUAACUGAUGAUGACGAUUCGGUUAACUUUAGUUCGAUUAGAGCCGCCUUGAGUCAAACCAAUUUCAUUUUGAUUCUUCACUACUUCAGAAAUUCAUACACCAUCAAGGAGUGGAGUUCUGUUCAUGUGGCUAUGAUUGCAUUCUUAGAGCUUCUUCUUAUUUCUCAUACUCUUUUCAUCUCAAAGCCUAAAGAAGUUGAGGCCGAUGAAGAAGAAUCUCAAGAGGAGCUCGAUAAAGAACUAGGCGAAGGUAUAAUAAGAAACUUGUUUACUUCAAAUGAUUUUCUUAAUGUUCUUGUACAGCUUCCUCAAUCUGCAUCUAAGCAUUCACCUGAAUAUUUGAAGACCUGCAUCCAUAUUGUUCAUAUUCUUUUGAAAUCAUUCGAAUCAUUCACGAAAGAAAAUGUCAAACUUUACAUUCAAAAGAGAAGAAGGAAGGUCAAAAGGAGAGGUGAGGGUGCCAAUGAUAUGGACGGAAGAAUAUUGCAUAGGUUGGAAGAGAGAGGUAUGGGCUAUAGUGAAGACGAAGAGGCUGAUGAAGAAAGAGCAAAGGAAGAAAAGAUUGAAAGAGAGCUAGAUCUUGCUAAAACAGAAAUCAGAUUCUUCCACACUGCGACUGUCACCUCAUACAUUGAUUACUUGGCCGAAUAUGAAGAAUUGACCCAUGAAGAAAUAAAAAGAUGUUUGUCCUAUUUCCAUAGGCUUUUCGUGGUGAAGAAAGAUCACUCAGCCCUUUAUCGGCUUGACUUCAUGUAUGUGCUUCAUCGGUUACGCUCAUACCUUCCUAGGUCUUCAAGCAUGAGAAAUCAUGUGGAUGAAUUUAUUGUUUAUUUCAUGAAGAAGUUCAAGGUUGCAUUUGCAAGAUUUCCCAAUCCUAUAGAAAUCUUAUUCCCCAGAUUUGAGGAGCAUGAGAUCAAAACAUUUUUAACCACUGGCGAGUUGACACUGAGAUAUUCCGAGUCAAAGUCUCAACCUAAACUUGCCAGACAAAUUGACUUUAUACGUGAAUUCUCUUUUGAAGAAAAGGUAAAGAUCUUGAUUACUGCAUUGUACUUGGAAGAAAAGGAAGCUUUCAUUGCUUGGUUGAUUUCAGCUCUCGAUGCCAUAAUUCAAAAACGUCUAUUAGACGUUGCUAGCGGAUCUACCGAAGACGCUAGGGCCAUAUCCUUGCAAGCUCCCGAUAAGUUCAGAAGAUUGCUUAUCAAUAAUCCCCAAAUCCGAUGCCUUUUGACAUUAGUUAAGUUUGAUCUUCCAGACAUCCUUGAAGAGAAUUGUGAAAUCCCAGGUUCUGUUACUUCUGCCAAAUUAGUUGAAUUCUUGGAGUUCAUCAAGAAGUACAUUGCUGCUCAACCGGUGAACUUUGAAGAUGGAAAGGAUGCCUUCUUCUUUUUGAUCACCAAAGAUUCUUACGGCUACGAUGAUGAUUAUGACAUUAACUAUAGAGGGUAUGACCCUGAAGAUGAAUCAAUUGCUUUCGAGACCGCUGGAAAUCAAGAAAAGUCCCAUUACAUGGAAGAACUCGAUCAGUUAGACCGUCUCGAAGCCUCUAUAUCCAGUGUUGGACAUGGACAGCUUGGUGUCGCAAGAAAGAAGAGAAAGGAAAAGGCGAAUAAGCCACCCAAGAAGAGUUCAAGAGCUCCAAAGGAGACUGGACCUCGUGGAUCAAGACCCAGACAGCCCGUUGCACUUCCUCAGCACUUUACCAAGUCAGCAGAAUUCAUCAACGAUUCUGAUGAUGAUAGUGAUGAAGAAAAGGAUGAAGAGUUUUUCGCCAGAGAAGAGAAGUUGCGGCGGUUAUUGCUGGAGUCCGGAGGUAUAGUAAAUUCCACCCAAUUGGAAGAUUUCAAGAAAGUAUGGAAGAUCCUCGCCACUGAUACCGAUAAAGAUCUUGAAACUUCAGUUAACAAAGCCGUUGCAAAUGCCACUGACAAUCUUCGUGCUUCUCAACACCAACAGUCGCAGGAUCUUUUUGGGUCCUUUUCUGACACCCAAACACAAACCCAAACCCAAACCCAAUUCUCUAACGAUGAUGAGAAUAAUGUCAACAACUCCACCAGGUUACUGUACAGUUCUGAAUCAGACUUGUCCUCUGAUGAAGAAACUCUCACCAAUGAUGUCGAUGAAAGUCUAACAAGAGAUGAAAAUAAGGAAAACGAAACUCCAACAGGUACCCAAGUAAAUCCAAGAAAGAGACCAAUGGUGUUCAGUGACAACGAAAGUGACGAUGAAAAUGUCAGCUUUGUAAGUGCAUCUGGGGACGUUUCCUUGCGUAAGAGAAAGAUAGUGUUGGAUGAUGACGAUGACGACGAUGAAUAAAUCUAUAUGCUAAUGUACAAAACUAAUCUGAUACACAGUGGUCUGACUCGCCAGAGCUUUUUAAGCUUGUUCGUAUACUCAUGAACGAGCUGAUAACCAUCACCAAGAGUCCAAAUAUGGUGCAUGCCACAGACGGCAACGUUUUCGAUAAAUGAAAUUGCCUUUUCUCGGUGUUAUUCAAGCUCUUGUAGUCUAUUUGUUCCCAGCUGAGUUUCAAGUAACACAUUGGAGGAAUUAUAUAUGCCAUUAGAGAGGCCGAAGUGGCUCCUAUAAGCUCGAGGAUAAUUCCUAAGUUACAAGUGAACAAGGCUACACUCAUACUUGUGAACACAAGAAAAGUGGUGAUGAAAAAGUGCUGUUUUGAGCUCAACUCGAAAUGAGAGCUUCCGCUUUCGUCACCGUUACUGUGCAAUGAGAAGUAAACAAUGUCUCUCAUGACAUCUCGAACCACGAAUAUCUCUAGUGGGAAGGUUGUGAGCAUGUUCAAUCCAAAGCAGAACCUAGCAACAUUGAUCCAAUUAUCGUUGCUUUUGAAGUUAUUCAAAAUAUUACCUUUAGUUUUUCCACCAAAAUUGACAAGUCCGUUUACAGCCAUUAAAAGACAACAUAUCAUUGAUAUUAUGCAUACCACAUGGGUAAGCAUAUCGAAUCUCUGCUUGACCUUGGUUUUCAACGAAUUGUAAAUGAAGGUGGUAUUAUGGUGACACACCAAGGCAAAGGAAAUCACAGAAAUUCCCUGGAAAAUGUUAUAAUUUACCGUCCAUUCGGCAGUUGAAAGCGGUUGUCUUAAAGAUUUGUCAGCGAAAGGGCCUCUGACCGCAACCAACACCACGAUAAUCAACAUUCCAAAAAGUGCAAACCCAGACGCUCUGGCCAAUUUGGAAAUGUCUCGGUUCAAAGAUAACGGAUACGAUAUGCAAGUGGUAAAAAUGGUGAUUAUGACAUUUCUGUGGAAAAGCCACCCGGCAGCAGAAGACUCUGUAAUUGAAGCAGGAAUGAAUGCCUUCAAAACAUGAGGAAUAGUGUCUCCAAUAAUGACACAAAAGGCCAUACAUCCGCCAUACGCAAAAGACCCCACGGAAAAUAAUAACAAUAUUCUUCCAAACUUCCCGUAACAAUGGGCAGCAAAAUCCUGGUAUGAUUGAGUUCUUGCCAUUGUAGCAUUUUUCACAAUCAAUCUCAAUGUCCAGUCAAUGAGAAACGUUAACAAUAUUAGCACUAUGAUCCCUCCUACAAGUCCAGUGUUCUUAAACGCAAAUGGUUGACCUAUUAUCCCAGCACCAAGAAUGGAGUUGGCCAUAUUCAUAAACGCCAUUUUCAUAUCACUUUUGCCCUUUUCAUCAUCAACAAUAGGUGGUUCUUCAUCGAGAGAAUGGUCAAAGUCAAGAGAGUCAAGCGAGUGGAGCUCGAUGUCUUCGUCAAGUGACUGGUGAAGUCUAGUCUCUAUAGACGGCUCAAGGAUGCCUUGUGUGUCAUCUCCAGAACUUUGGGGAAUUGAGGUGUAUUUCCUAGUUUCCUGUGGGUCUGGCAUGGUUGGAGAAGCUA